GGAGAAUAAUACUCACCAUCUCCAGCACUCGAGGCCGUACCAGCCAAAGGAUCCAUCAGCGCCGACCAACUGCCAGGACACUUGAAGGUUUUUGCCGGGCGGCAACACCAGCGCACGGCGAGGUUUGCAAGAGAAGCCACCGUGGCCAUGAGGGGGAGCAACAUGCUCAGCUCCAGUGGCUGCUCCAGUGGGAGCAACAAAAGGACGCUGCAGCAGGAUUGCAGUGGCGGCAGCCAUGCCCAGGAGCACACCAAGAAGAAGUCUCGCAUCGGCAUGAGAACAGACUACACAUAUGCACCGUAUCAUGAUGGAUUCCAGUGGAGAAAAUAUGGGCAGAAGGUGAUCCGGGGCAAUGCCUUCCCAAGGUGCUACUACAGGUGCACGUACCACCAGGAUCAUGGCUGUUCGGCGAGCAAGCACGUGGAGCAGCACAACUCGGCGGACCCGCCGCUGUUCCGUGUGGUCUACACGAACGAUCACACAUGCAGCGGCGCUGCUGCUACCGCAUCGGACUACAUGGCCUCAUCGAUGCACAUCCAGCAGAUCGCCGACGCCUCUCUGAGAAAGGCCGACACGGAAGCGGAAAGGCCGCCGCGCCCGCAGCAGCCUCGCUCCGGCGGCGGCGGCUACGCCGCAGCGAUAAAAGAGGAGAAAGACGCCAUCGUCUCCUCCCUGCUCACCGUCAUCAGAGGCAGCUGUGACGUUGUGAAAUCUGACACUGCCCACGAGGGCUACAGCAGUGCGUCGCUGGCUAGUAACUGCUACGCGAUGUCAUCACCAUCGGUGGCCGGAGGUAGCCGUGAGGGUAGUAGCAGCUCUUCAGUUUCGCCAGUGGUGCUGCCGGCGCCAGAUGACAUGGGAUUGGGACUGGACUUCAUGGUGGAGUCCCACUGGUUCGAGCCUUUGGAUUUGGGUUGGUUCGUAGAAUAGUUGAGUACAUCAGUGUGUGCAUUCAAUUAUCCUAACAUGACAUCUUUUUUUUCCUGAGAUGUGGUGGGGGUUAGACAUGACUACUCAUCAUAUCUCAAGUGAGAAUCUAGCUGGGUGGGUGAGUUCACAACUGUUUUUUGCUCACCAUUGCACUCUAGAAGAGUUCUCGAUGACGUCAUGCACCCAUCCAUUUUUCUCUCUAUAGAGAGAGACAAAGAGGAGUAAUAUAUAUACACCAUAUUUCCAUUUUUGAAAUAAAUUACAAGAUUGUGAAUAUAGUGCAUAUGUAACGGGCUCUUCCUGCUCUUGUUGCCAAGAUCUAAGAAAGGACAGGAUACAAGAAAGGGAGAGCGUGCCGCCCGAGGACGUGGCACGGGCGAUAGAGCUCCUUCAUGUCCCGUCAUAUUAGGAAGACCAUUUCUAUGAACGGUACCUGAGUGUGUGCAUUCGAUUAUCCUAACAUGACAUCCUUUUUUCCUGAGAUGUGGUGGGGGUUAGACACGCUACUCAUCAUAUCUCAAGUGAGAAUCUAGCUGGGUGGGUGAGUUCACAACUGUUUUUGCUCACCAUUGCACUCUAGAAGAGUUCUCGAUGACGUCAUGCACCCAUCCAUUUUUCUCUCUAUAGGAAGAGACAA